AAGAUUUAGGCCCAAGCAUUUGAAGUCAGGUACGGGCGCAAUGUGGGAUGGAGUCUUGCAGGGUAUUGGCAAUCUGGCCAGCGCCAUCACAGCACUACUUCUUGCGGAGAUGGUGGUGAUGGAUGUUGUGCUGCCACCCUGGAUACCAACCAUUGAGGCAUUUGAAUCUCUGGCUGGAAAAUGGCAAGCUAUGGCUGUGCUAGGCAUCAUGAAUUCAUCUAUUGCAUUUUGGGGUAUUGGUGGGCUUUUCGCCCUUCCAGCGUUGUUGAAAGUGAGCCGCUGGAAGAUUCAAGCCAAAACCUGUGAUGCUUCGAUGCUGCUUCGUUCUUUGCCGCUUAUCACCUUCAACCAUUUCUUGGGCGCAGUGUUGGCUUUGCCGAUCUUGCGGUAUACCUUGCCGGAGACUUCCUUUGACUGGCGUGCCCUGCCAUCCACAAAUGUCCUGGCAAGAGAUGUUUGCGUGUGGCUGGUGGUGGAGGAGGUGCUGUUCUUCUACGUGCAUCGAUGGCUGCAUGAGAACAAGAAGAUGUACGCAGCGGUGCACAAGCUGCACCACACCUGGACAGCUCCAGUGUCCUUGGUAGCCAUUUACUGCAACCCCUUUGAACACGUGGUCUCAAACAUCCUUCCCGUGCUUGCUGGACCCGUCCUGUGCCGUUCGCAUGCGGCAGCCUUUGGGGUGUUUCUGUUUGUUGGCACCAUUCACACCCUGGCCGUGCAUUCUGGCUAUUGGAUUUGCGACGACAAGGGCAUGCACGACGAGCACCAUGCUAAGUUCUCUGUGAACUACGGAGUGCUGGGUUUGAUGGAUGCUCUUUACGGUACUUAUCAGCUUCCCGCUGGCACAAAGAGUGCAGACUAAAGCUGCUUCCAGAAGGCGCUUGCAGGAGAGC